CUGUGGACAGACCCUCGCAAGGCUCCACCCAGCACCGUUUUCUCAACGGAUGAGGUAGAUGAACCACAAGAGCCAGGAGAUAGUCUCAUUUUGGCUCUUCGGUUGCUACAGCAAGUACACCGAGUAUCUCAAUCAGACAACCAACAAUCCGCAAAGGACGACGCAUCGUUCAGCGGUGCAGAUGCGUUUACCAACGAAGAGUUUCCGGAUGAAGGUUCCGACGCGUACCGAUGUGAACAUUGUAAUCAACGACUUCCAGAUUCCACUUCUGCACAGACGGCUAUUUUACGCCAUCAGAAACACUGUACGGCCAAUUUCUCUAAUUAA